AGUAAACGUCCAGAGUGUGUGCGCUUUACGCAUAUAACGGGUAGACAGCGAUGUCAAAGCUAACGGCACGAGGACAGGACAACAAAGAAGCUAGACAGUUUCCAGUAAAUGGCCUGCACUUUGGAAAAAGUGUUGGGCGAUGCUCGGACUCUUCUCGAGAGGCUGAAGGAGCACGACACGGCUGCGGAGGGGCUGAUCGAGCAGUCCGGGGCCCUCAGCCAGAGAGUGCAGGGCAUGAAAGAGGUCGGGAAUGCCCUUCCAGACAAGCACACAGAAGACACUUUGGAGAUUCAGGAGCUGACCAAGUACAAGCCACAUGUCCUUCUGACUCAGGAAAAUACUCAAAUCAAGGAGCUACAGCAGGAGAAUAAAGAACUAUGGCUGUCCCUCGAAGAACACCAGUACGCACUCGAGUUGAUCAUGGGUCGAUACCGCAGGCAGAUGCUUCAGUUAAUGAUGGCGAGGAAGGAGCUGGACACUAAACCUGUACUUAGCCUCCAUGAGGACCAUGCAAAGGAAGUGCAGAACCAGUUGGAGCGAAUAUGUGAGAUGGGCCAGGUGAUGAGAAGAGCAGUGCAAGUGGACGAUCAGCACUACUGCUCUGUUCGGGAGAGGCUUGCUCAACUCGAGAUUGAGAAUAAGGAGUUGCGAGACCUCCUGGCCAUCAGCAAGGGCUCUGUGAAGACAGCAAGAGAAGAAACUGACCAGCCAGCAACAGUAGCAUCAGAACACCAGCAACCAAAGAGUGACCAGAACAGCUUCAGUGUGGACAGUGAAUAGGGAAACAUGUCAUUCAGGACCAGGAGACAGGGUUGAUGAUCUCUUCAACUGUAUUUACCACAUUCUAUUUUUCUUUUCUAAAGAUGAGAUGCUGUCAGACCAUAGCGUCUGUUUCGUAGCGAUGGCCACUUAAACUUAGCAUUUACCUGUGGGUAUAUCUGGUAGCUGUUUAAAUAGGUACAAUGCUCAUAUGUAUAAAUACACAUGUACUACAAAUUGUUAAAGCAAAGGGGAUUUAUGUUUUUUUUGCCAAAGACAGAUUUACUUGUCAAUUACAGUGUCUCUACCUCUCUGUUGCCCCUUUGCUGUUCACUCACACUCACAAUGUGUAAAAAAUCUUACAUGCUAUGGCUUCAUUCAGUAUGUCCACCAUGAAAUCAACUUGUGCAUUACACCAUUGUAAGAUGUUGUGCAUGAUAAUCCCUUUGCCAACAUAAUGACUUUUGGCUGUUUUGCACAGUUUGCCUGCUGAGUAGUGACGGUGGGUCAUUUCUAUGUGAGUGUUUGAAACAUUUGUCAGACUGUUUGUAGGAUUCAUAUGUAACAUAAUUUCCAUGUUUAGUACUUUGUGUGUUCAAAGCUCCUUUUUCUAGUCAUCAGAUUUGGAUGCAGCAUAUUCAAAUGUUCCAGCUGGUGGUACAUUUUUAUUUAAUGGUAACAAUUUCAAAAAUAUGCCAGCAUUCUGUUGAAUGAAUAUUAAAUGUUUGCACACUGUAUGCUAUCAAAGAAAUUGUAUAUUGUCAUCUCAGGAAAUCAGUGUUAUUAAGGUGAACAUGGUGUUGCACUUUGUGACAGUGUACUAAUUUGUGUCAAACAAAAUUUCACUCAAAAACAAAAAAUAAAUUUGUAGAAAA